CCCCCCAGUCCUGUUGCCCCCUUCAUCAUCACCCCCUGUGUCCUCUCAGGACCCCACUCCCUGCGCUACUUUAAUGUUGCAGUGUCAGAGCCCAGCCCGGGGGUGCCCGAGUAUGUGGAAGUGGGGUACGUGGACGGGAACCUCAUCGUGAGCUACGACAGCGAGACGGGGAGGGCAGUGCCCCGGGCGGACUGGUUGGUGUCCAACCUGGACCAGCAGCACUGGGAGAGGGGGACCCACAAUGCAAAGACCAAUCAGCACCUUUUCUGUGUGAGGCUGGAGAGGCUGCAUGGCCACUACAACCAGAGCAGGGGGGCUCACACGGUGCAGUGGAUGUACGGCUGUGACCUCCUGGAGGAUGGUAGCACCAGGGGGUCUCAGGACGCCUACGAUGGGAGGGACUUCCUUUCCUUCGACAUGGACACGAUGACGUUUACUGCGGCAGAUGCGGUGGCACAAAUCACCAAGAGGAAGUGGGAGGAGGCUGAGAAUGAAGUCGAGCAGUUGAAGUACUACCUGGAGAACACCUGCAUCGAGUUGCUGAGGGAAUACGUGAGCUACGGGCGGGCUGUGCUGGAGAGGAAAGAGCGCCCCACGGUGCGAGUGUCGGGGAAGGAGGCCCACGGGAUCCUGACCUUGCACUGCCGCGCUUACGGCUUCUACCCGCGGCCCAUCACCGUCAGCUGGCUGAAGGACGGGGAGGUCAGGGACCAGGAGACGGAGCGUGGGGGCCCGGUGCCCAACAGUGACGGCACCUACUACACCUGGGCCUCCAUCGAGGCCAACCCGGGGGAGAAGGACAAGUACCGGUGCCGCGUGGAGCACGCCAGCCUGCCCGAGCCCCAACUCUACGCGUGGGAGACGGAGUCCAACCUGGUGGCCAUCGUGGUGGGGGUGGCUGUUGUUGCCCUCUUGGCUGUCGUUGCCAUCUGUGGAUUCAUCAUGUGGAAGCAGAAGUCAGGUA